GCAAAUAUGAAAAAGUAAACAUUGUGGUCACACCAAAUUUGUUUGCGAAAUUGUAAAACCAACCACGCUUCAGAUGUGUAUAAAUAUUGCCAUGUGGGGGCUGAACAAAUAACAAAUAAAUAACUGCUAUAAGCAUUUUGGUGAACAAAUUAUGGCCAAUUGUCAAUGAAAAACUUACCGUAAAUGUUGAUACACCCCAAAAGUGUCACUCAGGCCGCUCAAGUCCUUAUGCACAAUAAUUUUUAAAAAAGCCCUAAAAGGAAACAAAUAUAUUAUAUAAAUAAAUAACUCUUAUCAGCGAGAAGUGUGUUAUAGUACCUUCUAGAAAAUUAGAUUAAAAUCAAUAUAAGCAAACAUGUUUUUAUCAGUUUUGUUGUGAUUUGUAAAAGAGAAAUUUGAAGAGCCCAGAUCGGUCAUGUGCACGGGUAACAAAGACAAUGGCUUUUGUGGUUAUUAACACCGAGUAAAAAAAUGGAAAAAUAAUUCAUCAACAUGCCAACACUUUACCUUAGAGGAGUAGUGGGUUUUCUACGAGCUACAUAUCAUUGGUUCCGAAUAACUGAAUCGCUGUGGGGGCAAAGGAAUUUUCCGGAAUGACGAGAACAACGAAAAAUCUUAAUAGAAACGUUCGGUUCAACGCGAUCUCGCACUAGAACGGCAAACGCAGGUUUCGUUGGAUUUGAUUGGAGCAGAACUAGCAGAUACAAUGAAAACCUUUCGAACAAUGGUGUUUAGAAAAAGUGAAUUUUAUUCAUCGAUGGAUUCUUCUGCCAGCAUUAUGGGAGAGCCGUUCCGAUUUUCUAUGAGCUAGACAAAGAUAGAAGGGUCAUCAAUAGAUCCAACGGUGAAUAAAAGGAAGCGCCCAACAAAGUAUAGUGACAUUUCAUUUGACCCAUUUGACUUUGACAUUUGCCAAUUCAAAUUUCUGUCACACUCUCCUGUGCGCUGCUAAAUACUCGUUUUUUUUGUUAAUUCGAAAUUGUUUUGUGUGUAAUUUCAAAAGAGAAGAGAAUUGAGAGAAUAAAUCCUCCAUUUUGCAUCAGUUUUUUCGCUUUUCCCUAGCAAAAAUCAACCGAUAGGUACCCAAUUCUCAUCUGCUCUCUUAGCUUCAACUUUUAUCGCUCAUCAUGUCUGAAGAGAGCCCCAAAAACGACGAAGUCGUCGCUCCUGUUGAAGAAAAUCCCGAUCAAGAAGAUGGCGAAGGCGAAGCCGAAUGUCCAGAAGGCACCACUGUAACACUGCAAGAUGUCAUGGAAAUUCAGGACGAACUUGUGAACGAUGCUGCUGCAAUUUUGGGAGCCGCUAGCGACAAGAAAUGUUCAUACGCCGAGGGCUACCUAAAACGUCAAGCCUUAUACUCCUGCCUCACUUGCAUCCCGGAGGCAAAAGACGACCCGGAAAAAGCCGGAGGCGUUUGUCUAGCUUGCAGCUUCCAUUGUCAUGAAGGACACAAUCUGAUCGAACUCUACACCAAGAGAAAUUUCCGCUGCGAUUGCGGCAACAGCAAAUUUGCCGCGUCCGGAAACAAAUGCAGCUUGUUGGAGGAUAAAACCGACACCAACGAAUUGAAUUGUUACAAUCAGAAUUUUUCGGGUACUUAUUGCGUGUGCCAUCGUCCUUAUCCGGAUCUCGAUGAUCCUAUUCCUGACGAGAUGAUUCAAUGUAUUAUUUGUGAAGAUUGGUAUCAUUCCAGGCAUUUGGGCGUUGAAGUUCCUGAAGAUAAUUUUGCUGAAAUGACUUGCGAACUUUGCGUCACAAAACUUGAAUUUAUGCUGCAUUAUGAUGCUCUAGCCUAUAGAGGCUCGUCUAUGAACACUAGUAGAGACAUUGAUGUUGACGUUGAAGAAAAUAAUGCUGGUAAUGAGGGUCAGGAAUGCAAAAGGCCCAAAAAUAGAUCUGACCGGGCCACUGCCAAGUUUUGGCAUGAAUAUACUUGGAGGGAACAAUUGUGCACAUGCGAUGAAUGCCUCAAAAUGUAUGAAAACGAAGAUGUUGCUUUUCUUCUUGACCAAGAAGAUCCGGUGCAUCUCUACGAAGAAAAAAGCAAAGCUAAAGCCAAAGCAUUUGCUGAAAAUCAAAACCAACAAAUGAUGAACUCUGUCGAUAGAGUUGCAAUGAUUGAGACAAUCAUUGGCUUCAAUGAUCUGAAAGACAAUUUGAUUGAUUACCUGAAAAAGUUUGCUGAAAACAAAAAGGUGGUUCGCGAAGAAGAUAUUAAGGAGUUCUUUCAGGGCAUGGAAGCUCGUAAGAAGGCUAAAGUUGAUCAUGUACAACACAAUUGUCGUUAAAAACAAUUUGGGUUAUUUUUUUAAUGCAUGCUUUUGAAGCGGUUUAAAUUUAGAAGUGCAGUUGAUUUUUUUUUACUGUAAUUAACUGCUUUUUUCAUUCACCAUAUUUGUAUUAUCAUCAAUGUGUAUAUCUAUUAUCAACAUAAUACUAUGUAUUCAAUAUACAAUAUUGAAGUAAG